UCUUCUGAGACUUCACUUGAAGCAUUUCUGGAAUCACUGGCAGAAGCUGAGCCUGACCACUGCCAAAAUGAUCCUGACACUGCUGCUUAGCCUUGGGGGGGCCCUAGGCUGGGGGCUGCUGGGGGCCCAGGCCCAGGCCCCUGGUACCACGUUCCCUGAUCCACACAGCCCCAGGCAGCCUGGGAUCUGGAGGGCAGAGGCUGAGGACAUCGACAGGGACCCCAUCAGACGCAACUGGUGCCCCUACCAGAAGUCCAGGCUGGUCACCUUCAUAGCUGCUUGCAAAACGGAGAAAUUCCUCAUUCACUCACAGCAGCCAUGUCCACAGGGAGCUUUGGACUGCCAGAAAGUCAUGUACCGUGUGGCCCACAAGCCGGUGUACCAGGUCAAGCAGAAGGUGCUGGCCUCUGUGGCCUGGAAGUGCUGCCCAGGCUUUGCUGGCUCUGACUGCCAGCACCAUGAUCCUGCUGCAAUUCCUGAGCCUGCAGAUCCAGGUGAUGGCCUCCAGGAGCAAUGGGAUGGACCAGUUGGCUUUGAACCUGACCACCUGGCUGCAGAGACCGGCAACAUCGUGGUGCCGCAGGAACACCUGCUGAGAGAUCUCCAGAAUGACAUUCAUCAUAUAAGCAAUCUCACAGCUGAAAUGACCAAGGCACAUCAGGCAGAUCUUGAGUUUACUGGCAGAUCCUUGGAGCAAGUGCUGAAUUUUGGCCCCAUUUGGAGUAGCUUUAACCAAAGCCUGCACAGCCUCUUUGAGGCCAUAAGAAACCUAUCUCUUGAUGUGGAGGCCAACCAACAGGCCAUCAAGAUGGUCCAAGACAGCACUGUGCCCAGGGCUGACUUCCAGGAGCUUGGUGCCAAAUUUGAGACCAAGGUCCAGGAGAAUGCCCAGAGAGUAGGCCAGCUGCAGCAAGCCAUGGAGGACCGCCUGAAUGCCCAGAACUUUUCCCUGUAUCACUCCCUUUCUGAGGUUCAGGCCAAUGUGGACACCAAGUUGAAGAGGCUCCUUAAGGCCCAGGAGCACCUGUGGUCCAAUGGCAGCUUGGUGGCAGCAGCAACAGGGGCUGGGGCAAGGCCGGAGCCAGAGAGCCUGCAGGCCAGAUUGGGCCAGCUACAGAGGAACCUCUCAGCACUGCACUUGGCCACCAGCCACAGGGAAGAGGAGUUACAAAGCAUCCUGGCGGACAUGAAGGCAACCCUCGCCCGGCACGUGGAAGAGAUCAGGGAGCUGUAUUCCGAAUCUGAUGAGACCUUCGAUCAGAUCAGCAAGGUGGAACAGCAGAUGGAGAAGCUGCAGGUGAACUACCAGGCCCUGCGUGAGCUGCGGGUGAUGCUGAUAGAGAAGUCGCUUAUCAUGGAGGAGAACAAGGUGGAGACAGACCGACAGCUACUGGAGCUCAAUCUCACCCUCCAGCACCUGCAGGGUGGCCACGCUGACCUUACCAAGUACAUCAACAAGUGCAACUGCCAGAAGCUCUCUUCUGGCCUGGACACUGUCCAGGAUGGCCACAGGAACACUAUGUACACCCUGCAGGACACCCAGGUGAGCCUAGACCAGAAGCUCCCGCAGGACAACUCCUCCCUGCAGGCCCUAAGCCACACGGUGGCCACCAUUUCACAGGCAGUGGCUAAACUCCAGGCAGAGGAGGAGCGGGCUCCUGCCGAGCGAGCGCGGCUCCGGACCCAGCUUCAGGCGCUGAGCAGCGAGGUGGGCACGCUGAAGGCUGCUGAGGGCGAGCUCUGGCUUGAGGUCCGCCAGCUGCACAGCUCUUUUGCGGCCCUGAUGGAGGAUGCGCUCAGGCAUGAGGCCGUGCUGACCGCGCUCUUCGGUGAAGAGAUGACAAUGUCUGAGGAGGCGCCCGGCCCUCUGCCCCUGCGUUAUGAGGAGAUCCGCGCUGGCCUGCACGAUGCGGCCAGCGGGCUGCGUGAGCAGGCGCUUGGUUGGGCUGCGCUGGCUGCCAGGGUGUCGGCCCUGGAACAGAUGGCAGUGGGUGGCAGGCAGGGUCCAGAGCUCCUGAAGCCCAGCCACGAGGCAGCGCCAGAGGAGGCCAGUGCGACCAACCCCACGGGGCUGGCACCAGAACUCCAGCGCCUGGGGCAGUGCUGCGAGGCCUCCUGGGCCGCCUCCGUCCACAGGUCCCUGGAGAGCCUCCACAGAGCGCUCUCCACCACCCAGCGAGGCAUGGAGCACCAUCAGCAGCUUUUCCACAGCCUCUUUGGGAACUUCCAAGGGCUUGUGGCAGCCAAUGUCAGCCUAGACCUGGGGAAAUUGCAGGCCAUACUGGGCAGGAAAGGGAAGAAGCAGCAAAAAGGUCUGGAAGCUUCACAGAAGAGGAAUAAGAAAGUAGAACAUUUGGUGGAUGCCCUGGGAGCAGACCUCCAUAAGGCAGGGAUUGCUGUGGCCUUCUAUGCCAGCUUUUCAGAAGGGAUGGCCACUCUGCAGACAGUGAAGUUCAACACUACUUACAUCAACAUUGGCAGCAGCUACUUCCCUGAAGAUGGCUAUUUCCAAGCCCCUGAGCGUGGGGUCUAUCUGUUUGCAGUGAGCAUUGAAUUUGGCCCAGGGCCAGGCACUGGGAAACUGGUGUUUGGAGGUCACCAUCAGACCCCUGUCAGUACCGCUGAGGAGCACAGCGGUGGAAGCACAGCAACUACCUUUGCUAUGGCCGAGCUGCAAAAGGAUGACAGAGUGUGGUUUGAGUUAACCCAGGGAUCGGUAAUGAAGAGAAGCCCGUCAGGCACUGCAUUUGGGGGUUUCCUGGUAUUCAAGACCUGAACACGGGACACAGAUGAGCAGACAUUACGGACUUGCCCAGCUCUCUGUGGCCUGGGGCUCUGACCAGGGUUGGUCAGAAAACUAUCCAAGUUGGUUUAGAUAUUCCCUGGAAACCUGUGAAGACAAUGAGCCUCCCUCUAGAUGCACUGGUUUGGGUAUUUCUUAGCAGUGAGGAGGGCUGGGUUCUCCUCUCUGGGCCAGGGAGUGUGAAGCUUGGUUCGGGUGCCUUCUGAGGCAGCAGAGCUUGGACUUGAGCUCUUACCUCUCUCUCUGUAUUCUCCAGUCUCUUUGGUAUUUUGCUCCUCCUGUGGUUGAAAACUUCUGUACAACACUAAACCUUUCUCCCACUUCCUUAUUUCCCUAAUCUUAUGCUAGAAAAUCAUUCUUUCCCAGAAGGAAUUUGUUUAGAAUAGAGGUGACAUUUUGGACAAUACUGGAAACCACUCUCCAACCACUACAGGGCAGCAGGAGAAAAACCAAACUGGUCUCUAUCAGUCAGAAAUGAACACAAAGGCCUGGCUGAGUUAACCAAGGGAAGCACAAUUAGCAUCUUCUCCUUAGUCUCAGUCCUUCCUUGAAUUUAUCUGUAACUUUAACUUCUUUCUCUCCUUGCCUCAUACAGGAUAAAGGCCUAGACAUGCCAGACACAACUAAAACGUAUAUAACUUUCACCUUUUUACCUCAUCCAAUGUCUUGACCACCCUAAUUCUUAUUAGCGUCUCUACCGGGGAGAGAGCUGAAGGAGGAAGUGAAAGAAGACUGUAAAAAUCUUUAAUUUCAUCAUCUCUGGAAUAAAACAAUGUCCUUCAAAUCUCUGCCUG